AUGGCCAUAGCGAGACUGGCGCGGCCAGCUCCCCAAUGGAGCAGCUGCAUCCGACGCAGCUUCAGCUUAUCGUAUCGCCACAACAGUGAAGUGUUUCGACCUCCGACUGCGCCGAAGCCCGUUCCAGACGUCAAGCUGAUCAAGGAAAACACCGACGUCUUCUCGCAGAAUUGCGUUGACCGCAACUAUGCUGCUUACAAGGGGUAUCCGCACCGCAUCCGAGAGCUGUCCGACGACGCUGCCAGGCUGGUAGAGGAGCUGAAAAUCCCGCGCAAGCAAAUAAAAGAGGUGGAAAAUGCUAUUGCGCAGCUGGCUUCACGGGGACUCGGGAGCGACGAAAGCAAACAGAAACUAGCCGCAUUACGAGAAGACGCGCACAAGCUCAAGAAUGCAUCCGAAGAGGCAUCAUCGAGAAAAGAUCGUAUAGACGAGGAAAUCCGACGACUUGCCCUUGCACUACCUAACCUAACCUCUCUCACAACGCCGGUGGGCAACGAACCCCGACUGGUCCAGUACAUCAAUUAUGACCCAGAACGACCCCCGUCUUGGAUGACAAAGCACGAUGCAAGUCGCUCUCAUGUGGAGAUUGGAACGUCGCUCGAUUUAAUGGAUUUUACUAGCUCCGCGACAUCGACUGGCUGGGGCUGGUACUAUCUUACCAACGAAGGAGCCUUAUUAGAACAAGCCCUCAUCCAGUAUUCAUUAAGCGUCGCACUACGUCGGGGAUGGAAGGCAGUCUCGCCACCUUCGAUCGUUUAUUCAUAUCUUCAGGAAGCAUGUGGCUAUCAGCCACGGGAUCAGCACAACGAGCAGCAAGUUUGGCACAUUGAGCAGAGCGAAAAGGACAAAGCGAAACCCCAGCGGUCACUGGCUGGUACUGCCGAAAUUCCAUUGGCCGCCAUGUACGCGGGGCGUGAGAUUGAUGAGGCCCUUCUGCCUUUGAAAUUCGUCGGAUCCAGUCGAUGCUACCGCGCCGAAGCUGGGGCGCGCGGAGUCGAUACCAAGGGUCUGUACCGCGUUCACGAAUUCACCAAGGUAGAACUGUUUGCCUGGUCAGACAACGUGAAGACAGAUCCAGCAGACAUCACGCAUGCCAAAUCCGUCCCCUUGAAUGAUCUGUUCAACGAGCUGCUAGACAUCCAGCUCGAGGUUUUAACCUCACUCGGCCUGCCAUGCCGAGUGUUGGAGAUGCCUACAGGCGAUCUGGGGGCGAGUGCUACGAGAAAACGCGACAUCGAGGCUCUGUUCCCCUCUCGUCUUCGGGCGACUGAACAACAGUCCGGGGCAGACGGAAAGCUUGAUCUGGAGACUGCAUGGGGCGAGGUCACAUCUGCCUCGAUCUGCACAGACUACCAGAGCCGUCGCUUGGGCACGAGAAUCCGUGGUCGAGACGGAAAGAAGCCUCGCUACCCUCAUACUGUCAACGGGACCGCAAUAGCUAUUCCCCGAGUCCUGGCAGCUAUACUUGAGAACAGCUGGGACGAGACGCGCAACGUGGUUGUGAUCCCGGAGGUACUCCGACCGUGGAUGGGAGGCAUAGAGACGAUUGGGAAGAAUUGA